AUUUAAUGUAUUAUUGUUAAAUAUGUAAGAAAACAUUAUAUAAAUGAUAACUAGAUGAUCGACAAGUCAGGCAUAAAUUUAAAACUUCAAUUUCAGAAAAUGUGAAUUGUAAAUUCAUAAAACUUUCACAAAAAUACUCAAAACGAUACUAGACUUUUUUGAAGUACUGUACAAACAUUUUAUGUAAAUUUUAGUUGCAAUUUCUGCCACUGACUGAUACUCAUUUGUAAUGCAUGGUCUUAAGAAGAUUCCUUUACAAGUCACUUUUGCCUCUGUGACAUCACGUAAUGAUUUGACAUCGGAAUGCCCGAGAGGUUAAGGUGGUUGUUUACUGCUAUGAGAACUGUGAUCGAAUCUGAAAGGAUUGAAAAACCACAGGAAUUUUUCGGGGAGUGGUCCAUCCGGAUAUGUCAGAUCCCGUUCUCUGCCAUCCGGCAGUCCCAUUGCGGGCCUGACCGAACCAAUAAUGAGCUUGCUAGAAAAUGCUCUGUUACUGCCCACGGAAUAGAGAGUUAAAAAAAAUCACAUAGUGCCUUGUCUUGUAUCAUCUAGUUGGGCAUAAGCUUCUAGGCAAUACCGCCCGUGGUAAAGUGUGACGUAAUUGUCAUGUAAUAGUAUUGUAGUUGUAUGCGUUUAUGAUGAUCGUUACGCAGGGAUUAAUACUUUUUGGGAGAUAUUUUAAGAGUAACUGGCCCCUAUUCAAGAGUUAUAGACGUGGAGAAAACCCAGAAAACUCCACGUGGCCAGCCUGUCCGGGCGAGGCGCGAACCCACGACCGAACUCCCAGUGUUCAGGGAACAAAACCGCUUGGUCACUAGUGGGUCCACAUAGCGUUAUUUUUUAUGACAUCAAAUGGCGUUAGUGUCAAAAACUCCGCUAAGUGUCAGAAAUUGUACGUAAAUUGUGGAUAAAAUGUUUGUACUUAAAAAAUCCAGUGUCUUUCUUAGUACUUCUGUGAAAAUCGCGUAUAUUUAGAAUGAAAAUUCGUUGUGACAUGAAUUUGAAUUGUGCCUAAGUUUUGGAUCAUCUUUGCAUUUUUAAAAUACAAUUAAUUUUAAUACGUUUACAUUAUCUUUCGCUUCUGUUUUUGUUUACUUUUAAACAGUUUGCUCUACGAAUAUGCUUUAUUAUUUAAAUAAUUUCCAAAACCUUUGUCAAGAAAAAUGGGAACGAAUCUUUGAAUAUUUUAAUGAAGACGAAUAUAACCUUAUGGUACAUUUAUUAUAACAACCGCACUUUAUUGGACGUUGGGCCUCUUCUACACAUUCCUAGACGUAACAGGAAAACCGGGUAUUUUGACUCGCUACAGAGUACAGGAUUCUUCAAAUUAUCCUGUAAAUUGAUUACAGUGAAAUUAUUGAGAAUUUAUCGUAUCAUAAAGCAAGUUUUAUUUAAUCAAAUUUUUGUUGGUAUUCCAUUUAACGUUGUUGCUUAUAAAUUGGUAAAAUGGAGAAACAUCAACAAUUGGAUCAUAUUGCCACCAUUGCAAUGGAUUGCAUUUGAAAUUUUGAUAUUCACAGCGGUUUAUGAAAUUGGAUUUUUCUAUUCACAUUGGUUAUUGCAUCAACCAAAGCUAUAUAAAUAUAUUCAUAAGCAACACCACGAAUGUACUACACCAAUUGCUAUAUCAGCUAUGUAUUGUCAUCCAGUCGAACAUGUUUUAUCAAACUUGAUUCCACUUUUUAUGGGUCCUCUUCUUAUGGGAUCUCAUUAUGUAAGUCACCAAUUAUGGUACAUCAUUGCCGUUUUAUCAACUAUAAAUGAUCAUUCUGGUUAUCAUUUUCCUUUUAUUCCGUCGUGUGAAAUGCACAACUUUCAUCAUUUAAAAUUCAAGCAGAAUUACGGUAUGACAGGGAUUUUCGAUCGUUUGCAUGGAACUAGCACGCAAUAUCGAAACAGCAAACAGUUUCAGCGUCAUUAUAUAUCAUUUUCAUUUGUUCCCGUAAAAGAUUUAUAUCCAGAUGAUUAGGAAUGCUACCCACAAUUAAUUAAUUAAUAAUUUUCGACUUAUGAAAAAAAAAUUGCACUUUUUAUAUAAUAAUACAGUAGAGCGUCGUUUAUCCGAAAGUCGGUUAUUCGAAACGUCGGUUAUCCGAAAGAAUU